GGCGCGCACGCCCCUCGCUCCAUGGCAUUCCCGGGCGGGCGGGCCGGACAGGCGCGCGGGCGGGGACUCGGCGCGGGCGCCCUCCCGGCCGGCGGUGGCAGCCCCUCCCCGGAGCCCUCAGGACCCCCCGAGGACCCUCGGUGCCAGCGGCGGCUGCGGCCUGCCUUGCCCCACCUGGAACCAUGAGUGAGGCCCGCAGGGACAGCACGAGCAGCCUGCAGCGCAAGAAGCCACCCUGGUUGAAGCUGGACAUACCAGCUGUAGCGCCCCCAGUGACCGAGGAACCCAGCUUCUUACAGGUAGGCCCUGGCCAGGAGAGGCUGUGGGUAUACUCCAUCCACCCUCCUCACCGUGACCCCACUGUCCAGCCCCUGAGACGCCAGGCUUUCUUGCGGAGUGUGAGUAUGCCGGCUGAGACAGCCCAUAUCCCCUCGCCCCACCAUGAGGUCCGGCGGCCAGUUUUGCAGCGCCAGACGUCCAUCACCCAGACCAUCCGCAGCCGACAGGUGCGCUUUGGGCGUGUCCACACUCUGCCCCUCUUGGGUCCCCCUGGUGCCCGCAGGGCCCUCCCACAGCGCCGGUCUCUCUCUCGGUCCCUGCUCAGGGGCACAGCUGACUGGUUCGGAGUGAGCAAGGACAGCGACAGCACCCAGAAAUGGCAGCGCAAGAGCAUCCGCCACUGCAGCCAGCGCUAUGGAAAGCUGAAGCCGCAGGUCAUCCGGGAGCUAGACCUGCCUAGCCAGGACAACGUGUCUCUGACCAGCACUGAGACGCCCCCGCCACUGUACGUGGGGCCAUGCCAGCUGGGCAUGCAGAAGAUCAUAGAUCCCCUGGCCCGGGGCCGGGCCUUCCGAGUGGCAGAUGACACGGCUGAUGGCCUGAGUACCCCACACACACCUGUCACGCCUGGUGCUGCUUCCCUCUGCUCCUUCUCCAGCUCCCGCUCGGGCUUCAGCCGGCUCCCGCGGCGACGCAAGCGUGAAUCGGUGGCCAAGAUGAGCUUCCGGGCAGCUGCAGCCCUGGUGAAGGGCCGCUCUGUUAGGGAUGGCACAUUGCGCCGGGUGCAGCGCCGAAGCUUCACUCCCGCCAGCUUCCUGGAGGAGGACACAGCUGACUUCCCCGACGAGUUGGACACGUCCUUCUUUGCCCGGGAAGGAGUCCUCCACGAGGAGCUGUCCACAUACCCAGAUGAGGUGUUUGAGUCCCCUUCGGAGGCAGCACUCAAAGACUGGGAGAAAGCCACAGAGCAGGCAGACCUCACGGGUGGGGCCCUGGACCGCAGUGAGCUUGAGCGCAGCCACCUGAUGCUGCCCCUGGAACGAGGCUGGAGGAAGCAGAAGGAGGGUGGUGCAGCGGCCCCACAGCCCAAGGUGCGGCUGCGGCAGGAGGUAGUGAGCACGGCGGGUCAGCGGCGGGGCCAGCGCAUCGCGAUGCCCGUGCGCAAGUUCUUUGCCAGGGAGAAGCGGCCGUAUGGGCUGGGCAUGGUGGGCCGGCUGACCAACCGCACUUACCGCAAGCGUAUCGACAGUUAUGUCAAGCGCCAGAUUGAGGACAUGGACGACCACAGGCCCUUCUUCACCUACUGGCUCACCUUCGUGCACUCACUCGUCACCAUUCUAGCCGUGUGCAUCUACGGCAUCGCGCCUGUGGGCUUCUCGCAGCAUGAGACUGUGGACUCGGUACUGCGGAACCGCGGGGUCUAUGAGAACGUCAAGUACGUGCAGCAGGAGAACUUCUGGAUCGGGCCCAGCUCGGAGGCUCUCAUUCACCUGGGUGCCAAGUUCUCGCCCUGCAUGCGCCAGGACCCGCAGGUACACAGUUUCAUCCGCGCUGCGCGUGAGCGUGAGAAGCACUCGGCCUGCUGCGUGCGCAAUGACCGGUCGGGCUGCGUGCAGACCUCGGAGGAGGAGUGCUCGUCCACGCUGGCAGUGUGGGUGAAGUGGCCCUUCCACCCCAGUGCCCCAGAUCUUGCGGGCCGCAAGAGGCAGUUUGGCUCUGUCUGCCACCAGGACCCCAGGGUGUGUGAUGAGCCUUCCUCCGAGGACCCCCACGAGUGGCCAGAUGACAUCACCAAGUGGCCGAUCUGCACCAAAAACAGCGCCGGGAACCACACCAACCACCCUCACAUGGACUGUGUCAUCACGGGCCGGCCCUGCUGCAUCGGCACAAAGGGCAGGUGUGAGAUUACCUCCCGGGAGUACUGUGACUUCAUGAGGGGCUACUUCCACGAGGAGGCCACACUGUGCUCCCAGGUGCACUGCAUGGAUGACGUGUGUGGGCUCCUGCCCUUUCUCAACCCUGAGGUGCCUGACCAGUUCUACCGCCUGUGGCUGUCCCUCUUCUUGCACGCUGGGAUCCUGCACUGCCUGGUGUCAGUCUGCUUCCAGAUGACUGUCCUGCGGGACCUGGAGAAGUUGGCAGGCUGGCACCGAAUAGCCAUCAUCUACCUGCUGAGCGGUGUCACCGGUAACCUGGCCAGUGCCAUUUUCCUGCCAUACCGGGCAGAGGUAAGACCGUCACCCAGAGUGGGGACUCCCCCAUGUGCACCUGCUGCCUGUCGUAAACCGAGUCCACGUCCAGCACGGAGUCUGGGGCCCUGGAGAGUCCAGACUGGGAGCAUCUCCUUUUGGCUCCUUAAUCUCAGUGUGCUGCAGGCCACGGGAGGCAGGACGGGGAGACGCGGCUCUGGGUUGGGGCGGGCCUGCUCAGCCCCACCAGCUCACAGCCACCCACACUGCCGCCAGGUGGGCCCAGCCGGCUCGCAGUUUGGCAUCCUGGCCUGCCUGUUCGUGGAGCUCUUCCAGAGCUGGCAGGUCCUGGCAAGGCCCUGGCGUGCCUUCUUCAAGCUGUCGGCUGUGGUCCUCUUCCUGUUCACCUUUGGGCUGCUGCCCUGGAUCGACAACUUCGCUCACAUCUCGGGCUUCAUCAGCGGCCUCUUCCUCUCCUUUGCCUUCCUGCCCUACAUCAGCUUCGGCAAGUUUGACCUGUACCGCAAGCGCUGCCAGAUCAUCGUCUUUCAGGUGGUCUUCCUGGGCCUCCUGGCCAGCCUGGUGGUCCUCUUCUACUUCUACCCCGUCCGCUGUGAGUGGUGUGAGUUCCUCACCUGCAUCCCCUUCACUGACAAGUUCUGUGAGAAGUACGAGCUGGAUGCUCAGCUCCACUGAGCCGGCUGGGGCGCUGGGGCCAUGCGCUCCAGCAGGCCAGAGCCAGGCACGUGGUCUCCCCCAAGCCUCACAGGCCACAGGACUCGACUCUCGAGCCCUGUGUGCUGCCCUGCCUGUUUCCUGAACACUGACCUCUUGUGCCUUGUUCACCGGCGGUGAAUCUCUCGUACUUCAGGGCAUUUAUUACACUAGUUCCCAUGAUUACCUUCUAACUAGUCUCUUGACGACCACCUCAUGUGGCCAAUAAAUGGACUGGGAGCGUUUUAGCUGCCACUAACUUA